CGUUACCAGCCAUAAAAUAAAAUUUAUAAGAUAAAAAUAAAUUAUCAUAAAGAUAAAAAUAAUUGCCAUAAAAAAAGUUACAAAGAGAAUACCGAAAGUUUUCUUCGGAUUAAAUAAAAACUAAAGAGGUAUAGGCACUUCUUACUAGAAAGACUAUCAAACCCCGGCGGUGUAGGUAAAACUUUAAAAGAAACUUAAAGGAAAAUGUGAAUAAUUAUUCUUUUUGAGUUUUUUGUUAAAUAUUUAUAAAGCCCUUUUAAGCUUAACGGUCUCCGAGUUCCGACUCCUUACCAGGCCAUAAAAUUGAAAAAAAAAAUUAUAAACAACAACAACAUUUCCCUACUAUGUAUUUUAUUAUUAUCUUUAAUAAGUGAAGUACUGAUAAUGAUUUCUUUUAACUGUUUCUGCAAUUCCGGUUAAUGCUACUGUUAAUAAUAUGGAAAUUUGGGAAAAAUUUAUUGAUGCUGGUACAAGUUUCAAAGACAUUAGCAGUUUUAAAAAGAUUAUUUCUUCUGCCCGAAUUGUACUUACAAAUGACUUAACUGACUUUGAAUCAGAUUGGUUUGUAUCGACUUUGCUCCGUCAUCCAGUUAAUCUCCUAGACACUCUCCAGAAGAAGCGGGGAGACUCAGUGUGGAUCGAAUCUAUUGUGGAUGCCUUGGCUCUGCUAGCAAAUUUAUUACAAACUCAUAAUGGAUUACACCUUUAUUAUCAUCAGAUUGUGCAGGUGUGUUCAAUGGUAUCCGAUGGAGCCUGCCGUACCCCUGCGCUAACAUGCUUGUUACAUACAAGUCACCAUAGUGCGGCUCCUGCCAACCUACAGCAUCUAAUAGCUGAGUUUGAGUACCCUCGUGUGUCAAGCCGUGGUCCUCUUGGACUACUUAUUGGGUCAAUUUGCCGAUCAUGGCCGCAAGUAAUAGAGGAGCAAGGUGAGCGAGUAUGGCGGGUUUUCCUACAAGUGUUGGAAGAUGAACAGCUGUCAGGGACUGCCAGAGCUGCAGUACUGGAAGGUGCAAGUGGCAUAUUAUCAGCAUUUGGGCUUGAGCUACCCACUGCUGAUCUUUUAGGAUUCUAUAACUUGCUUCGUACCGCUGUAUUUCUUCAUCCACGAUGUCAUACUGUAUGCAUGCGCAUUUUACGGUGUCAUGUGUCGCUGUUCAGCGAACGAGCUUGUGAGGAUACAACGUUGCGUAUGCGUUUAUGGGAACUCGGGGUCGAACCUGCGUAUCGCGCGCUUUCCGCCAUUUACCACCAGAUGGCGCGCAAUCGUCAGCUAUACCCUACGCUGGCAGCUGAGGUGCUAAAGUACGCUGGAGCAUCGCAGGCCGCAGGGCGAGUUGUUGCCUUUCGAGCGCUUUACGAGUUACAUACAUUGCCGGACAGCAAUGUGGUUUCACCCCUCUGUUACAUACAUGUUCCUAAACUUGAGUGCAAGCUGCGGGGUGACGUUCUAAAUGAUGACGUUGUACUAAUAGCGUGGUGCAUAGAAACUGGAGUGUCGGGUUCAUCAGAGCUCGUCAGUGCUUGGAUAGAGCGGAAUACUCCGCUAUUGUCUAGCAGAGAGCAGCAGCUGGCGCGAGCUGUCCUAGCUGCGCCAAAUACUUUGAGAAAGUGGACAAUUCACGUGAUGGUAACUGAAAGUUGUUGUUCAACUAGACGUCAACGCAGUAUAACACUAUGCCAGUACUUGUUCGACGUAUCGAGUGAAAAGAAUUCGGAAAAUGAGUCGGAUAGGUUAUAUGCAAUGGCUGAGAUGCUAGAUAUUCUGGUGGAGGAAGUUCUUAAUGUUGUUGGUGGCCAUUCUACGGAUUGCAGGAAAGAGGGCGAUUGUGAGCCGAUAGCAGGAAUUAGCGCACUAGUAUGUGUAGCUUUGCGUAGCGGAAACAGCGGGGCGGCGGUAGCUGGGGCGAGGCUAGUGAGAGCACUAUCAAGCUGUGGGGUCCGUCAUCCUGCCGCUAUACCUGCUGCGUUGUCCGCUGCCCUAGCGUCUCCACUAGCGCCAUCUACAAUUGAAUUGAAGACAUUGCGGGUGGAGUCGUUGCGUGAUGCAGAAACGCAAUGGCAAUGCUGUGAAGUUGUCUGUAGUUCUGGUAUUGCACCACCACAGUUUCUGGCUAACUUCACACUGGCUGCUGCCGAGAUUGUCUUAAGUAGUGGUCGCGCUGAAACGACGCUCUUUUGUGCGUGUGUUCGUACACUGGCCGCUUUAGUACGCACACACCGGGACAGUAUCGAUAAAAUAUUGCUUAAUGAAGUGAGUAAACGUAUAGCCGAGUUACCCGCACGUAGCUCCGCCCACUCGCGAAUUGAACGUGAAUUGCGCCGAGAAAUCCUCUUAUUCCUUGGGCAAUGUCCGCUCCAAGCAUCAGAUAAACUUGUUCGUCACGCUACAUAUGAUAUAGACCUGGGAAAGCAUGACAUUGCAAGUGCGUUGGAAGCGGCAACCCAUACUCCAUCAUUGAAAGUGGAAGAGGCGCAAAAGAUGGCGGAUUACCUUUCGAAGAUAUUGCGCUCUAAAAGACCGAGUGAUCCGCCUAUUUCUAUUUUAAUAUGGCUGGCUCGGUCUGGGGCAGAUUUGCUACCAUUUGCGGCCAUAUUUCCGCAACGAGCUCUGCCUGAGCUUUUUCAGAGCGUAGAACGCGAGCGUAGUGCGGUGACACGUAAAGCGUUGGCAGCGCUCGCAACCGCUGUACUCAAAACUCUACCGCCUGGGGAUCAAGAGAUGCAGCUGCGUUUUUUACUUACUACUAUCCAAGAUUCAACACAAGAGGGACGCUUAGAAAUUCUGUUAGCAGCAUCACAAGCAGUUCGCGAUGAUAGCGUAUCUCUACGUGCAGCAAUCCUAAAAGCAUUUGCAGUCAAUGGUGGCUUACACCUGACUUCAUCACCUGUAUCGUGUGUUCCACCUGCGGAUCUCAUUAGCUCUUUACUCUCCGGUCCAUUACCGCCUCGAUUCCCCCAUUUUUACGACCGCCGCGCUCUUGAAAGCAUCUCAUCGGAUUGUACUGAUUUGGUGGUGGAGGCAAUCGAUGAUAAUUGCAACUUUGGAAGGUUGCUGAACGUCCUCAAUGAGAUUAGAGGAUCCCCUGGGCUAAGUAGGCGGGUUUGUUCGAUCCGGGAUGGGAUUGUGCCAAGAAAGUUGUUCGCGCUAGAAUGUAUUGCGCCGGACGUUGCCUUUCAGUUCAUCGCUUGGAAUGCCGAAGUUUUGAUGGAAAUAAAUUCUGAGUCAACAAUAGAUACAGUUUGUAAAUUAAUAGAAAGCGUGAAAAUUGAUGAUAUCCGAGCGAUACGGAAUCUCGCGGAAUGCGUUCAAAGAGUAAGGCUAGAGAAUUCAGAUGUGAACAAAUUGUAUGAAGCAAGCGAGAAUUGGCUAAGGAAGCAGAAUUUGUACGAAGUGACGAGAGAACUUAGGAGAAAUGAGUUGAAGACUGAGUGGUGGGAGGUCGUUCAAGGCGUUCGAGGUAUGAUAAAGGCUACAGGAGUUAAGUCAGACGUAGUGGGAGAAGAGGCGGUUAAUUGGGCUAAAGCGGUUCGGGAAAUUUACGAUGCGGGUAUAGAACGUUAUGCCCCACACAAACCCUACUUGUUGGACGUUUUGUGCGUUGCUCUACCAGCAUUAAAUAUUCAAGAGUUUGAAGAACUGUUUAAUGAUGACGUGAAUUUCUGCAGAUGGGCUGUUCCUGCGUUGGUUUACCUCAUAGAGCAGAAAGGAAACGACCAACCACUGAAAAAAUCUCAAAUCGUGGAACUCCUGCCAAUGUUCUGUAAAGCUCCAGUGGAAUUUGUGGAUCGAUUAUGGGCGGAUUUCGAAUCAAAUAGCACAUUUGAGGAGAAGAUCGAAGCGGCCUUAGUGAUAGGAGCUGGUGAAGCUUGUCUAUGGGCGGAGAGGAUUGUGCUAGAAGACACGCCCCCUCUUCAGAUGUUGCAACUACUACCACUUGUGCCGUCUGAUAUGCGUCGCCGAAUGGCAUCUUCUGCGCUGGCCGCUGCAGGUGUGACAGGAGCAGGGGGCGUGGCCCGUGCCAAAGAGGGCGUGGCUGUUGCAGCAGUGAGGGCGCUGCUUGCUGCCACACCUGGCUUGGAACUCGUAGACAUUAUUGCUACACUCGCUGAUGAUGAAACGGAAUGCGAUUGGUUUGAGGCAGCUUUAUCGCAAUGGGCUCGCAACGCAGCCGCAAAUGCGUAUGCCGCGGAUAUACUACAGCGCCUUCACGAACUUUGUUGGGAUGCGCGUACGCGCGGAGUCUUACGCGUUUUGAUUCCUAUGCUACGGGCAAUAGAUCCAUCUCUGGUCGAAGACCUUAUGUCCCAAUGGUCCAAUCGUCUCAUUGGGGCGAUUCGCGUGAAGCCCCGCCCCGGUGGCGAUCGACGUGCGUUGAUACGUUGCCUAAACGAUUACGUACGAGCUCUCACGCUCCUUACAAUUGCGUUCGAAAGAGUUCCGAGAGCACACCACGAGCGACCUGAUGCUAAAUUGCACCAGGAAUUAUCCUCUCAGCCAUUUCAACUGGUUCGGGAAGUCAGCACGCUGUGUGUUGCGUUGAGACAAUCCGUGCGAACUGCGUAUGAUGAUAAUCUGCGGGAACUCUUUAGAGUGUUUGAGUGCGCCAACUUCAAAUGUCUAAGUGCGGCGCUGUUCUGCCGUCAAGGGGCAUCUUCGACAUUCCGUGCUUUACUCGAUGAUGCCGUAUGGGAGCGUCUCGUUCAGACAUCCAUUUCAUUGCCCAUCGUCACACAAAGCUACGCUACGCCUCGGCCAGUGGAGACGGCUUCGGUACAAUCGCGGGUUUUUCUCUCUACGCUCACUGAUGACCCACUUUUGUAUGAUUUGCAUGAAGGAGUUCUUCAGACGGAGACUAGCGACGCGGAAAUGGUCGGACAAGCAGGUGCGAUAUGGGUACACGAGUGCACGUACACAUUAUCGAUACUCUUACGUCACAGCGUGCGUUCGCUACCACCGGAUCUAUACCUGACACCCGUACGCGCUGCGCUUGCGACGUCACGCACGCGCCCGCUACGGUGGCUUCUAGCGCAGGCCGUAUGUGACGUACCGUCACUCGUAGAUACCCUACGUGACGAUUUGCUCGCUGUCGCACUAGACACGGCAGAAAAUGGCCUAAAUGCAAUACAACUAUACGUACUCAGUGUGGUUAAACCCGUUCCGUUGGAUGUCGCUCGAGCGACGGGGGUUUUGACUGCCCUAGUCCUGACUGCGGUGGAAUUGGAAUCCCGGUCUCCGAGGUUGCUCAUAGACACCCUUGAAUCGUGGUCGCGCGCUCACGCGGGUUUGGUGUUACCCGACACCUGCUAUAAGGAAUAUGUGGCAGAUUCAGGAAGGAAACGCUGGAGUUGUAUGUCGGUAAUGCGGCGUGUGUGUUCGAGCGGUAUUCGCGUGGCCGGACUUGUUGGGGAAUUGGGAACGGUGGCCGUGUCCGCUGCGAAUGACGUGCGCACGCUACGCUCGAUUGGAGCGACGUUGGGCAGCGCACUGACGGCGGACACGGAUAAGGCGUCCGACGAGAAAGUGCACAAAGCUAUGGUGGCCGUGCGUAAGCAAGGAGGCGCCGGCGCAUACCUCACGCUCCUUGCGGCUGCCGCAUCCGUAUAUCCAGCUCUUGUUAAUGCGGACAAUGCCCGGAUCGUAACAGAUAUGGCAACGAAGAUAAUAGGCCGCGACAAACAGAAAUGUCUACGAAUACUUUGUGCAUUUGCGAAAAACGCGAAGCAUAGCGACGAACAAAUCGCAGAUAUUUUUGAUUUGGUGGAGCCGACGGUGUCUUUGACCUGUGAUCCUUUGAUUAUUGAUUUGUGUACCGCGGCCUUACCGUACGCUCGUCAAGCAGCUCGCGACCGCGUCGUAACGAUCGCGGCACAAAUCGCUACGCCUCUCGCUUCACCAAGUCUUCAACGUGCGGCCUAUUUAUUGCUCUUCGCAGAGAUAACACGGCGAGUUGAGGCUGAGCGUGAAGGGAGAAAGGAAGUAGAGCCACCUACGAAACGUCGCGCUGGAUGUGUUCACUCUCCAAUACUCUCGUUGUGGGAGGAUAUGGCGUGGCGCGGGGUUUUAAGCCGUACAGUCUACGCAUUGGAUCAUACGGAUUCUAAUAUUGUCAAGGGCGCAUUGCAAGCACUUUCUAACGCGCUGUCUGUUGACGAUCAGUAUACACGGUGUAAAAUAGCGGCCUCAUAG